AUGCCAGAUGCGCCUCAGCCGGCGCCGUCUAAACCUACUCGGCGUUUUGCCCCCGUGCCAAUUGAGACCACCUUCGACUCGUACAGAGUAAGCGGUAACAGGAAGAAUCCUAUGGGUCCUACCGCCGAAUUGACCCCAGACCCCUCACCGACUACCCCACAACCAUCCUUCUCUUUUAGAGUGGAAAGGCAGGGCGAGCACGAACAUGCCGAGCAAUCUCAGAAUAAGCCGAGAAGGAAGUUCGCUCCGCAGUUGAUCGAGACAACGCGAAGAUCAAAGAAGGCCGAUCAACCAGGUCCGGCUACGAAACCAAUUGACAAGACCGAUAUCACACCUGGCACGAAUCACAUCUAUGCCCCGAAGCCGAAGCGAAAAGCUGCCCCUCGUCCUGCCGUUGCCGGCGUGCCGAAUGCCGCCGGCGACAGUGAAGGUUUGCUUACGCCGCGUCGACAACAAUCCAUGAAGCCACAUCCGAACACUCGGAGAAGUACGCGGCAAUCUUAUACCCCCGACCUUGACACCAUUCUGUCAUCCGAGUCGGAGAAGUCUUCCGAGGAAAAUGACGACGAUGAGGGCGCCCCGGCUCUCAGCAUCGGGGCCCCCGCCUUAUCAACCGGAAUUCCGGAGCAAGAAGAGGACGAUGACGACGGAGAUUCGUGGAGCAGUAGGCACUACCACCUUCGUGACAGAAGGGAGUCCUGUGACGAAGAAUUUUCGGGUUACCUGCUAGCUGUAGCCGCUAGAGAGGCCCAAAGACAACGCGAGCUGGAGGCGGCUAUGGCAGCCUUCCCAAACGGUGUGCGACCCGAGGGUGUGGAACACUUUCUUGUCAGAGAUAAUUCGGAAGACGACGAUCCCUUAGACGAACGGUUAAGGCACGGUACUUCGCAGCUUCUACGCCGUAAGGAGUCUGACCCAGGUUGGGCUGUCAAAGAAAUGCGAGCGCAUGCAGAAAAGCUAGCUCAGGCCAGACAAGAGAGGAUGGGCAUGGACGAAAACCUAGAUCCUAUGGAUAUAGCUCCUCCACCUGCAGAUCCGCUAUGGACGACGUCUGCUUUCAGAACAUCUUUCGACGAAGAGAUGCGGGAUGCUCCAAGCCCAGUAGUAAGCGCAUCUUCGCCAGCCUUGCUAGCUAGGAUGCGCAUGGCAGCUUCUCCGCCCAUGCUUGGCGGCGACCUGACGUUCCGCAUUUGUCCCAGCCCGAAGCAGACGCGGAUGGAGCCCAGUCAGCGGUACUGCGCUGAUAACAAACCCGAAGAGCAUCGGCGGGACGUUACGGGAACCACCGGGCUGUGGCGCGGGUACUGCUCCGCCAAAGCUAAUAUCACCGUAGAAACAGCGCACACGGGACCCAACCUUCUUAUGACCCCUCAGGAGCAGGCCUCGCCAAACGAUCCUUUCUCAGCCGCAUUUACCGCUUCCAUGAGCAUAAGUGGUGUCAUGACCGGUACACAGUCGCCCGGGGCCGCGUCUCCGACGAAUCGUCACAGCCAGCAGAGGGGUCUAUAUAUGCUCACGGGAUUAGACGAACGAUUGAGGAAAGAGAAGGCUCGCAAAGAGCUCGAGGAACGGAUAGCGGCCGAAUUCGAUGAUGCCUUUGUCACGCAGGUCUACAAUUACAUAAGUCUUGGAUAUCCCGCUACGGCACGUGCCUUCGACCUGGAAUUAAGCAAGAUCAGCGGUAUUGACCUUGAGGAGCUGCGCAAGGACGAUAAUCUCAAGGUCGAGAAAGGUUUCAUGCUGCAUAUGGAGAUGAGCAUCCAUAAGGGACAUGGAUAUUCGAUGAGCGAUUCCGACAGCGGCGAAGAUGUCCGGUUUCGUACGCCAGAAGAAGACGAGAGAAGAACUCGGAGGAAACCAAAGCCACCGCGAUGGAUCGCGCUCAAGCUUUAUAUACGGGAAUGGGCGCGCCAGCACCCAAGUCUUAAUGAUGCCGGUUCUGGCGAGAUGGCUUGGGGAGUUAGGGCUAGGAGAGGAAGUUGGGCCAUUUAG